AUGAUAGUAGCAACAAUAACAACAAUAACAAUAGCAAGAACAGGAACAACGACAGCAACAACAAGAACAACAAUAACAGUAACAAUAACAAUAACAAUAAUGAUAGUAACAACAGCAAUAAAAAUAAUGAGGAAAAUGUAUGAUAUUGUAAUAAUAUUAGCGUUGUAA